AUGGGAUUACCAAGGGCUACAUUGGAGCAAAAGAUUAAAGUAUUGGAUUGGUAUUACCUGAAUGGUACGAAAUCUCAACAGUAUACAGUUAAUUAUUUCAUUGGUCAGAAUGAAUUCAGUAUAACGAAAUCAAGUUUUAAUAGAUGGUUAAAAGAUGAAGAUGAAUUAAGGUCAAUGUUUCAAAAAAUUAAUGUUAAUAAUAGGGGUGUCUACAAGACACGACCAAAUUUGAAGAACUAUUUAAUUGAUAAAUGUCUGGAGAAGUGGGUUUAUCAAAAAUUAUUGAUGAAUGAAAGUGUUAGUGAACGGGUAUUGAUUUAUCAAUGGAGGUUGUUUAAUGAAUUGUUUGGUAAUGUUGAUAAUAAUGUUGGGAAAUCAAAUGGUUGGGUUUAUCAUUUUAAACAAAAAAUCAUGACAACUAAAAAUUUAAUAAUUGAUUAUUUAAAAAUGAUUGAAUCAAUGCCUAAAAAUUUCCAUGAUGAAAAGACAAGAUUACAAAAUUUGUUUGAAAAUGUGCCAAUUAGUGAUAUUUAUCAAUUUGAUGAAAUUGUAUUGAAUCCAAGAAUAACACCGUUGGAGAAUGAAUCGUCAUCAAUGAGAUUCAUAGUUGGGGUUUGUUGUAAUGGUGAUGGUUCUGAUUGGUUUGAACCGUUGAUUAUAAAUAAUCAUGAUUUGAAAAGAGAUGGAUAUUAUCAAUCAAAUAUUAAUAUGAUAACGAAUGAAAUUUUUUUACAAUAUUUAACCAAAUUGGAGAAUUCAAUUGAAAAAAAGAUUUAUCUUUUAAUUGAUUGUCAUUAUGAACAUUUUAUAAAUUUGGAAAAUUUCAAAAAAAUUCAUAUAGUUUGGUUUAAUCCAAAUUUCCAAACACGGUAUUCAAUAUUGAGUCCGAGUGCUAAGUUAGUUUCAGAUUUUGAAGAAUUACAAUUUUUAAACCUUGGUGUUGUUCGUCAGUUUAAAUUGAUUUUUAAAAAUAUGUGUUUUAAACAAUAUCUUUAUGGAUUAAUCACAUUGAAUAAAUUGAUAAAUCUAACACCUGUUCAAGUUUAUGAAAUAAUACAAAGUUCAUUCCAAGAUUUGAAAAUGAAUCAUAAGGGGUUAGUGCUUCAAUGUUUUGAAAAUUCAGGUAUUUUACCAAUCAAUCAAGAUAGUAAAAAAAAACAAGUUUUCGAUAAAAUUUUAGAAUCAAGUUUCAUUAAACUAUUAACAGAAUUCUCCAAAUAUGGGAUCAAUAUCUUUACCCAUAAUUAUUCAAUUGAUCAUAUAUUAUUCCCACCAGAUGAAUUUGUUGUGAAUAAAUCAUAUAGUGAAAGUGAGAUUGUUGCAUUAGUCAAAUUAGAGGAUAAAAAGUUGGAAUCACAAUCAGUACAUCCAUCAUUAAUACAAAGAGUUGAUUCAAUGGAGUUAUCAAAUAUGGAUAAAUUGAUUAAUGUUGAAUUGAGACAGUUCUUCGCCAAGUAUGGGGAUGCCUUACAGAAGAGUAGUGAAGAGUUUAACAAGUUUCUAAAUGUAUUUAUAAAUGAAUCUAUGGAUAUAAAGAUGAAUCAAGAUGAGUUGAUUUUUCAAGAUGAGAAUAUCCUACCAGAUCUGCUUAAUAAUUGA